AUGGCCGUGGACUCUCGUCCCGACUCAGCCAAGGGAACCCCCAACCCCGUCAAGUCACCCGGCACAGCUCCUUCCAUCAACCAGAAUGGAGACGGAGAGGAGAAGAAUUACGAAGAUGAGGAGAAGCUCCAGGAUGACCUCGCCCUGGCCGCCACAAGGAGCAACACUCCCUCACAUCUAGUGGGGAUCAAGCUAUUCCUCGCCAUGUCGGCCGUUUCCAUGAUCAUGCUUCUCGUCACCCUAGACAUCUCCAUCAUCAGUACCUCCGCUGACCCAGGAACUGUGCAGGCCAUUCCCCAAAUCACCAGUGACUUCCAUCGUCUCGAAGAUGUAGGCUGGUAUGUCGGUGCUUUCCUGCUCAGCAGUGCCACCAUGCAGCCUCUUACCGGCAAACUCUACACUCACUUUAGCACAAAGUGGACAUACCUCAUCUUCGUCAUCAUCUUUGAAACUGGCUCUGCCGUCUGUGGCUCGGCUUCUUCCUCCCGAAAUCUCAUCGGUGGACGUGCUUUGGCCGGUGUUGGUGCUUCUGGCCUCAUCAAUGGCGCCAUGACUGUCAUCAUGGGCGCUGCCAAGCCCGAGAAGCGUCCUCUAUACACGGGUGCUGCCAUGGGAGUCGGCCAAAUGGGAAUUGUAAUAGGUCCUCUCCUCGGAGGUGUCCUCACCGACCACGCUACGUGGCGUUGGUGCUUCUACAUAAACCUCCCCAUCGGCGGCGUCGCCAUCGCCUUCCUCUCCCUCCUCACCAUUCCUGACCAGGUCUACAAGCCCAAGCUCGACCGCGCUGCCCUCCGCGCUCUCAUCCCCCGCUUUGACCUUAUUGGCUUCGCCCUCUUCGCACCGGCCUCCAUCAUGACCCUUCUUGCCCUCCAGUUUGGCUCCGGCUCCGAUUACACUUGGUCUGACUCGCAGGUCAUCGGUCUCUUCUGCGGCGCCGGCGCCACCGCCAUCGUCUUCGUCUUUUGGGAGCGACACAUGGGCCCCGACGCCAUGAUCCCCGGUCAUCUUCUCAACAACAGAAUCGUCGUCUGCAGCGCCUUCUUCUUUGGCUUCCUCAUGACCACCAACAGCGUCGCCAGCAACUUUAUGCCCAUGUACCUGCAGUCGUCCAAGGGCCUGUCGCCCACCAUGAGCGGUGUCUACCUGCUUGCCACGAUUCUCUCCCAAACCAUCUUUGUUCUCCUCUCCGGUGGUCUCGUCACCAAAUUUGGCUACUACAUCCCGUGGUGCGUUGCUGCCGCUGCCGUCAGCACUGUUAGCGCCGGUCUCAUCUCGACUUGGACGCCGUCGACUUCCCUGGGCCCUAUCAUUGGCUAUCAGGUUUUGCUCGGAGUACGCGGAGCAGGCAUGCAGAUGGCCAUCAUUGCUGUCCAACACUGCCUCCCCCGCAAAGACGUCGCCAUAGGCAACAGCAUCAUCGUCCUGGCCCAAAACUUCUUCGGUGCUAUCCUCGUCACUGUGGCAAACGUCAUAUUCCAAGAAACCCUCAAAUCAGAGAUCCGCCACAACGUCCGAGGCGUCGACCCCGCCGCCGCCAUUGCCGCCGGUGGCAGCGCCGCCAACGUCCGCGCCCUGACCUCGGACCCUACGGCCAGGCAGGCCCUUCUCAGUGCCUACGCUACAGGCGUUUCCAACAUUUUCUACCUGCUCACGGCCAUGUGUGCCGUUUCACUCGUUGCCUGUUUUGGUAUGGGCUGGGUUGAUCUAAGGGUGCCUAAUACCCCCCAGGAUAAGGCUGCUAGCCAUAAGAAGGAGGAGACGCUUGAUGACAAGGUUUAA